AGGGCCAAAUGUUUUUCGUCGGAUUACCGAACGGACUCUCGAAAUUUCCUAUAAAUCUAGCCCCGACUCUACCCAUUUCGUCGAUCCUAAAUCUUCUUGCGUUUGGAUCAGAAAUUCUUCUGAUCUAUUCAUCCGUUUUCGAUUCGAUCCUCUCUUCUUUUGAUUGGCUUUCUCCUCUACCUGUUCUUCCUAAAUUUAUCUCUCGCCGAGGCUCGGAUUCAUUAUUAGGGUUAGGGUUUUUCGGUCCUCAAUAAUUUUGCUAUUAAAAAGCGGGAUUUUGUUCGAUCUCUAAUUUAGGUUUGUAUAUUAGCUUUUUUGGGGUCAAUUCAUCUGGGUCGGUCGAAAUUCUUUAAUUCUUUAAGUUUUGAAAUUUUUUCAUUUUUCGAAUUUCUGUUCGAAUCAAUUUGACUGCACGGAAUUACAUGGUUUUCUGCGUUCGAUUCCUCGAAAUUGGCGUUCAAUUGUAAUUAAAAUCAGGGAUCUAAAAUUUUUAUUCUGAGAAUUCGGUUUAUAAAUUUGUUCAGCUUCAUCCCCUUCUCGUCGAUCCUGUGGUAUCGUCGAUUUCUCGUCGACCAUUCUUUAGGUAAGUUUAAGCGCUUCUAGCUGAAUUAUGUGAUAACAUUAUUAUAAUUAUCACUCAAAUAAUGAAUUUUUAAUAUAGAUUGAUUGCCACAUCUACAAAUGUAUGUAUUGUGCUGGAUACAGGAAUUGAAGAGCAAAUUGGAUACAGAUUAAUAAUAGAAAUGAAGAUGAACUUAGGGAGCUAGGAUGUUGAGUUUAUAUAGUUCUCAUGGAGUGAGCACCAUAUAGAUGUUUAAACAUUGUGGCGUGUGUUAGCUUUCUCCUUAUUCUUUCAUUUUUUUUUCCCAUUAAUUUUUUAAGUAUGUACUGUAGGUAGUGGCAUUGUUUUGAUUUGGCGUGUGAAUGUUACUUGAAUAUUUGCUAAUUCAGCAUUUUUAGUCACACUGUUUCAUAACUUUGCUUAGAAUAUGUAUGAAAGUGAUGACUUGAAAAAGUAUGUGUUACAAGGAAGGAUCCCAAAGCUGAUAGAUGCCACGAGUGUUUAUGCCAAGUUAGAUGCUAAUUGUCCUUUUUUGUAUUGGCAAGCGUUUGAAGCGUUAACUGAGUGUGUAUUAUGUUCCCUUUUUAUAACUUUUUUUCCCGAUUAUCCAUACCUGUUUUUAUUUGAAAAUGCAUGGUUUUUUAUAUGGUUUUACACAUGAUUUUAUUUUAUCUUUUGGUUGAAAAAGAAAAUCCUGUGUUAUAAGUUUAUCGAUCCAAGUGUUUGAGCACUUUGAUUGCUGCUUGCAUGUCUCUUUGCUAUAUGCAUUGAUCCUUUUCUUUUCAUUUGUUUUUCACUUCUCUAACUCAUAAAAGAAAAUUUAGAUUAAAAAUAAUUUUGACUUGCAGGUAAAAUAAUGAUUCACAAACGGCCUUUUGUUGGUGAUGAUUCUUAUGAGGUUGCUUUUAAGUACCCUAGAAACCUGGAACACGUUGAUAAGCUAGCUCCUAUUGUCUCUUUUAAUGAUUAUCACCAGAAAACUACAAUUUCAGAUGGAGAUGUCAAUCUUCAUAACCUUCAAGACGCUGGGAGCUCUGCAAAUGAAUCGGUUGCUGUGGAUUCAAAUGGCACCAACAAGUUAGAAAGUGCUCCUUCUGGCUGUUUUCCCCAUUUUUUAUGGAUCAACAAUGGAAUUCUUGAAGCAGAUAACCUCUCACUUUUCCCAGAAUAUUUUGAUCAUGGACACCAGCUAAGGGCUUUACUGCAGCAGCCUGAUGAGAUGUCCUCAUCUCUUGAGUAUCCUUUUCGGAAGCCAGUUUCAAUUGGACCAGAGCAUCAAGCUUUUGUUCCAGAGUGGGAGGGUCCAAUUACCUCUUCUAAUAACUUACAGCCAGAUAAGUCCAAUCCCGAAGUUUUAUUUGCACGAUCAUCCAGCCCCAGUAUCAGAGUUGAUGAUGGUUAUGAGGAGAGGUUGAUGGGUAUUUGUGUUAUUCCUAUGCCUGAUUCAGAAGCAUCUGUAACCCAUUGCUGUUGGGGCACCAAAACUGACUGUAGUUGCCUUGAUCAGGGAUCUAUUGGAUGUGUGAAACAGCAUGUUGUGGAAGCUAGGCAGAGACUUAGGGAGAACCUUGGGGAGGAGGUAUUUGAGGGACUGGGUUUUAAUGAUAUGGGAGAAGAUGUAGCAAAAAAAUGGACUGAAGAGGAGGAGCAAGUCUUCCAUGAUUUAAUCCUAUCAAACCCUGCAUCAUUGGGCAGGAACUUUUGGGUCCAUUUGGCAGCAGCAUUCCCUUCCCGAACAAAAAAGGAGCUAUGUAAUUAUUAUUUCAAUGUAUUCAUGCUUCGAAGACGAACUGAACAGAACAGGUUUGACCCACUAAACAUUGACAGUGAUAAUGAUGAGUGGCAAAGAAGUGAAGAUGGAAUGGAAGAGGGAGAUGAAGAUUCUGCAGUGGAAUCUCUCGGUGGACAUGCUUAUUAUCAGGAGGAUCAUGCUGAGGAUUGCAAUACACACAUUGAGGAGGAUGAUGAUGAAAUGGUUGCUUCAAAAGAGAGUGCUAAUGAUGAUGAUAUUCAGAGAGGUGCAACUGAUGAGGAGUAUGAGGGAGAUAUAGACGAUAUUUCAGAAGCACAUGUUGGUAUUGCCACUGAUGAUUGUGGUGGCGAUACUGGCUUUAAACUUUUAGGGAUUUCUAGCAACAUGGGGAAUGAUUUUGAUAUUGAAGACGGUUCAUGUACAUCAUAUGAGUGUCAAAGAGACAAUAUUGAUUCCUGUGGUCCAGUUGAUACUGCAAGUGUAUAUGAUGGAAGACACUCCAGUCAAGAGUGAUCCAAUUGGGGAGCAUGCUGUUGAUGGCGGCAAGAGGAUGCUGGGAAUAUGGAUACUUUCCUUGCAGCUGUUAAAUGCUUUGACAUUACUAUCAUAUGCCACUGGAACUGAUGCAGUCACCUACGCAAAUUUGUACAUGGGACUUGCUGAGACGAGGAUGAACAGGGUGCUGGCUGAACUAUGAUGUCGGUCACUGAGGAAUAGUGUGAUUAUUAUCAUAAAAAGUUUGGCUGAUCCCAAAGCCACUCAGCAGUCCAGUUGUACAAAUAAGAAAGAUUCUCAGAUUGACAGCUAAGGAGUCUACCUUUUGCUUGCAAGUUCGUGAAACGGAGGCAAUGCAAAGUGUAAGGUAGUUUUAUAGAUGGUUGGAUUUUCCGCGAGUGGGCCAAAGGAACUCCUAUGGAAAUUUGCCAAAGCUGCAGCGUUUCAUGACCUGAAAUAACUUCUCUUAGUUAGAUCAGUUUCCCGAAAGUAAAUAUCUAAUAUUUUUCUUGGGGGUUUGCAAUGGAAUUGCAUCUUCAAGGUGUUCACAUUUUCCCUUUCACAUGUCCCUUUGUUAUUUCGAUGCGAUGUUGUUUUUGUAUCCGUUGGUACCCAUCGAGUUUGUUGGCCCUUUUAUAUCCUCUUCAUUGGCUUUCAUCCUCGUGCUGUAUCGAUUACAUAAAAAGAUUACUUGGAUGCCAACGGAACAGGUUGGCACUGGCAAUAUAUAUUUGCUCAUUUUUUUCUUCUUUA